AUGUCCGGAAAGACCCUGUUCAAGCAGAUGUACGCUGCGCUCGAGAAGAGCGUCGCGUCCAGCCACCAGACGCAUCUCAAGGAAAUCCUCAAGAAGCAGGACGCCCUGAUCCACUACAAGCGGAUGCAGUACAUGAAUGCCGGCAAGAAGCUCAGUGCCGACGAGGACGCCCGGCUAGCCGACGAAGUGCGGGAGAGGUUUGCGUCCAAGCUGCCCGCCCUCGACGUCCACCUGCUGGCACAUCUCGACCAAGAACAGCUCCACCGGGCCGAGGCCGAGCACCUCCAGAACAUCACCACCUUCCUCGACUCGCAGCGUGAGUACAUCGAGCUUCUUGAGCGUUACAACCCGGGCAUCAGCAUGAAGCAGACCGACAAGGUCCGCAAGACUGCCCGCCGGGUCGGCCUUGAGGUGCCAGAGUAG